AUGGGAUAUAAGCCGAGAAAUCUAGGACACAUCAACCUUUACGUACGUAAUGCGGAAAAGGCUCGCGACUGGUAUGAAGACCUGCUGGGUUUGCACACCUACGGAUUCAGACCCGGACGUGCUGCAUUUAUGACCGCCGAUCUGGACAACUCCCACGAGAUUGCCCUGACCGAGGUCGGGGAGAACGCCGAGGGCCCGCAUGGAGGCCAGGUGGGUUUGAACCACAUGGCGUGGUACAUGGACAGCCUGGACGAUCUCAAAGAGCUUUACCACCGGGUUAAAGAGAAGGGCAUCGAAAUCGAGCACGUUUCAGACCACGGGCAUGCCAUUGGGGUUUACAUUCGCGACCCUGACGGCAACGGAAUUGAGCUUUCCUACGAGAUGCCCAGGAGCGAAUGGGGCCACGACGAAAACGGGUAUAUGAUCGGGGGCACGGAGAAAGGACGUAUGCCAGGUCCGUGGGAUGAAGAAUUGGCGCAGAACGCGGCGGCGGCCGCAUCCAGAUAA